AUGUUUACUUAUGAAUAUAAACGGAAAGAUAGUCGAACUUUGGUGUUAAUCUGUGAUCAAAUUACAAGUCGGUUAUAUGGAAAAAACAUUUAUUAUCCGGCUGUUAAUCGGUUUAUACAAAAAGAUAUGAAAGAUUUUGUUAUUAAAGGUCAAUCUGGUGCUACAUUAUCAACUAAUUCUCAAUAUCGAAGAUAUAAAUUGGGACAAAAGUCAGAUGGAGCUAUUGAAUUGAAAGUAGAUUCAUUUAAAAGUGAAAAAGAAGGGUGGAAACUGUAUACGGUACCAGAUAAAAAACACGAAGUUCAAUUGGUCGUUGGAACUGUAAUAAAAGAAUUGGAUGAUACUGGGUUUCUUCCAUCGGCACAAAAGUGCUACGACUUGUUGAAUAAUAAUGACAAAACUUGUUUUGAUAUAUCGGAAUCACAUACCAAAAAGAUUAGAAAUCUUUUGUUUGAUUACAUUAAAAUCGUGAAAAAAACAGAUUCAGUUAACAAAGAUUCCGACCAAAAACGUGAUGUUGAGAAUGAUCCGCCAUCUCAAAAUGAAGAUGAUGAUGAUGAUGCAGAUUCUCGUCAAAUUCCCAUUGAUCGUAAAAAGAAGGAACCAUUAUCAAACAAUGCCACCCGACGCAGUACAACAAAACAAAAAUCAGAUGAACAGAAAAUGAUAAGACCACCAUUGAAACAGGAUAUACAACAGCCAGUGAAUAUACGUUCAACAAAUGAUCAAUUGGUAAAACCAAAAGUAUCACGUGAACUAUUGGCGUUACAGACAUGGUUUUAA